CAAGCCUGCGCGCACUUUUCAAACUUCCAAAGUGCAUAAUGGCUCCUUCCAAUCGCCGACGCGUCGGUCGCACGCUACGUCGUUCUCGCCGCGGUAGCGCCGUCCACGGCAGGAUCGGUACGCGCUCUACUGCUGGUGUCGGCCCUCUGCAAGCGAUUGGAGAGAAUACCGUCGUAGAUCUCGCAGCAGACGACGGAUUGGACGCCAUUGCCAGCAGUUCGCGCUUUGGGCUCCCGUCCACAACGCUAGCGAGUCCGUCACUUAAGAAGCAGAGCAAAAAGAAGAAGAAGAAGCGACCACGUGAGUCGACAGCCAUACAGUCGGAAAAGAAGCGCAAGCAGCGGCUCGAAACGCUGCUCGAUGAGGUGGAAACCCAAGUGCAGGAGCGAUGUGACGAGCUGGUGGCAGAUGCUGAGCGGCGCGCACAGGAGCUCGAGAUGGAGCUCAAGGUUCAGCUGCUCUAUCUACCCGAAGCGGUGCGUAGAAUGCCCUGGAAAACCUUCGUGGAAGAUUUCGGUGGAGACUUUCAGAACGUCAUCCAAAGCUUAUCGCAGCCCUCUCCUCCACGAACGCAGUCGUCCAUGACUGGACAUGAUAUCGUGGCUGCUACUCCAUGCAGCAUGGACGAUGCCGACGACAGCGAGUACGAACCAGAGUCAGAGGACAGUGACCACGACACACAGAAUCGCCGUGUGUCUGCGUUCACAACGCCUAUGGACCGACGUCGAGCUCGUACAGCCCCUGGUACAGUCUUGCGUACUGCCCGUAAGGGAGAAACAACGUACAUGUAUUCAGCUCGAGGCUCUCCCAUCAUCCCCGACACCGCGGCUAAGGCGAAGGCGCCUGCAGGAUCGUUGGUUGCCACAUUUGAGAAGGGUCUAGAGCCCACAUCAUGCUGCUUGCAACUUGACAAUGAUCGUAUGCUUGACUUGUCUCGACCCGAAGAGCUCUCAGCAAAGUCGCGUGGAGAAGCAACGUCCAAGCUCAAAGCACUUCAGGCCAAGGUGGCUCAGCUGCUACAACAGAUCAACCCCUGCACUCGCUAAAGUGGCACGAGUGCUGCAAGAUAUACCCACACCGAUAACACGCAGUUGGGAUGUCCGCAAGCAUACACGGCUAGUGCAAACUCAACACCCGGUCGUUCGUUGUAGUAAAUAUUCUGCCAGACGAAUGGAUCUGUUAGCCGUGCCUCUCAGUCGUUCAAGGAAGAUAAUAUAGUACCAUAUUCGCAACGCAAUACGCACCGUGUUCUCGACGAGUUCAAGCACCCGUGGAAUGUCAGUGAAAGACACGUGGAGCGGCAGUCCGCAGACUUCUCGUGAACGCUGCAACUCGCGUAGUACACUGCCCCCAGGAUGAGCUCUCCGCAUGGGCAAAGCAAGUUUCAUCUUGAUCUUCUGUUUAAUCCUCUGAGUCGAUCGUGGGCUGAGAUUGUCAUCAGCAGUCGAU